UUGUCGUUUUUUAGAAGACGGAUCGUUAGACAUAAAUAAAGCACUGCUUCCCCCGCUUUCUUGCUCCUGAGGGCGGUUGUAUCGCGCAGCUUGUGGGCCGUCAUGAAGUUAGUCAGGUUUUUGAUGAAACUGAGCCAUGAAACGGUUACAGUGGAGCUGAAGAACGGAAUGCAGGUUCACGGCACAAUCACAGGUGUUGAUGUCAGUAUGAAUACACAUCUGAAAGCUGUCAAAAUGACCGUUGAAAACAGAGAACCCUUCCAGUUGGAGACGUUAAGUAUUCGAGGGAAUAACAUCCGGUACUUCAUUCUACCUGACAGCUUGCCACUGGACACCUUACUUGUUGAUGUUGAACCAAAAGUUAAAUCUAAAAAGAGAGAGGCCGUUGCUGGCCGUAGCAGACGGAGAGGCCGUGGGCAAGCGAGAGGCCGUGGCAGAGAAAGAGGAAGACUACGACGAUAGUUUAAGAAGGAGCAAAGUG